AUGACUUCCAUCACGCGCAACUCAUUCUCUUCCAACGAGGAGCGCCCUCGUCGCACUCACAGCCCUGUCCAGAUGACGCGAUCGGGCUCCUCGGGCUCCAACAACUCCCAGAGAAGCACCGACGACCGCCGUCGCUACGACAACACCGUCUACCACUAUGGCCGGCACUCAAACUACUGGCUCUUUGGUGGCUUUAGCGUUCGAGACACUGUCCGUGACGGCGUCGACUGGGUCCGCCAGCAGAAGAAGGGCUGA